AUGCCUACCCGCUACGAAAGCUCCCCCGCCAGCCCGGAACCCCUGGCCCGGCCCCUGACCUUCCCCUUCUCCGGCAAGACGGCCAAGAACCGCCUCCUCAAGAGCGCCAUGGCCGAGUCCCUCGCAACCUGGAGCCCCACAGAGCCCUCGAAGCGCGGUAUCCCAACGCCUGAGCUCGUCGAAGUCUACCGCCGGCACGUCCUCCACCCAUCUCACCUCCAUGUCUUUACAUGGGGCCAAGGACCAGACAACUUUGGCAUCAUCUCCACGGGCAACAUCACAAUCGAGUUCCGAGCGACGCCCGCUUCGAAGGGCUACAAGGCCAUCGCCGCCGCGGGCAAGGCCGACGGCAGCCUCAUGAUCGGACAGGUCAACCACGGCGGGCGCCAGGGGCAGAAGAAGAUCCAGCCGAACCCCGUCUCCGCGUCCGCUAACGAAAAAUGGGCAUGGAAUUCGCACCGCCCCGCGAAGCCACCAAACAAGACAUCACCCGCUUCAUCGACGGCUUCGCCCACGCAGCAGCCUACCUCGAAAAAGCCAGGCUUCGACGGCAUCCAGCUGCACGCCGCGCACGGCUACCUCCUCGCACAGUUCCUCUCGCGCACGACGAACCGCCGCACCGACGAGUACGGCCCGCAGACGCUCGAGAACCGCACCCGGCUGAUUGCCGAGAUUGGCAGAGCCGUGAAGCAGCGGACGUCGCCGGGCUUCAUCCUGUCUGCCAAGAUCAACAGCGUCGAGUUCCAGGAGGGGGGGGGGGUCAUGACGUCUGAUGAGGCGAGGGAGAUGAGUGCCCUGCUUUCGGGGCUGGGGUUUCACUUGUUGGAGAUUUCGGGGGGGUUACGUAUGAGGCUAUGGGGAUGA